AUGUUUUUAAUGACGUCGAGAGAGGGCUGGGUGUAGCUUUAACGUUGAAAAUCGUCCCGUGUGUGUUUCUCUUAUUCUCUCUUUUGGAAAAAAAAACGCGUGCGAAAAAGGUGUAAAAAAUUUGUGAAUUUAUUUCUCAAAUGCUGUGGCCAUUAUUCGUUUAUUAAAUGCGUGCACAAGCAAUUAAUAGUGUUCGUGAUUGUGAUUUAAUUUUAAAGAAAUAAUUAAGAGAGAAAAAAGAAUCCCAGUAUAUAGUAGAGGGGAAAAUUGUAAAAAUCAGGGAAAAAUUUUUUUUACUAGUAAAAUAUUAUAAUAUAUAUAUAGAGUAGUAGUGUGUUGGUUGUGUUUAAAGUUUUUCUGACUUGUGUGUCUCGUCGAUUAGCAACGAGAGCAUGAGCGAGGAAAGCAAUCCUCGUACCCUUUAUGUGGGUAAUCUCGACACAACCGUGUCCGAGGACCUUUUGUGUGCACUAUUCUCACAAAUUGGACAGGUGAAAGGAUGCAAGAUUAUCCGCGAACCCGGCAAUGAUCCUUAUGCAUUCGUUGAAUUCACCAAUCAUCAAUGCGCUGCCACUGCGCUCGCCGCCAUGAACAAGCGCCUCUUCCUCGACAAGGAAAUGAAGGUGAAUUGGGCGACAAGUCCUGGAAAUCAGCCGAAACAAGAUACGAGCAAUCAUCAUCAUAUUUUUGUUGGCGAUUUAUCACCGGAAAUUGAGACACAAACAUUGAAGGAGGCAUUCGCUCCGUUUGGUGAAAUUAGUAAUUGCCGAAUUGUUCGUGAUCCACAAACGUUGAAAAGCAAAGGUUAUGCGUUCGUUUCGUUUGUCAAGAAAUCAGAGGCAGAGGCGGCAAUUUCAGCUAUGAAUGGACAAUGGUUAGGCUCACGAAGCAUCAGAACGAAUUGGUCGACGAGAAAACCACCGCCACCGAGAUCGGAGAGGCCAAGGCAUGCGAAUAGCAGCAAACCUAAUUAUGAAGAGGUAUAUAACCAAAGUAGCCCAACAAACUGUACUGUAUAUUGCGGUGGUUUUACAAAUGGUAUAACGGAUGAGCUCAUAACCAAAACAUUCUCGCCUUUUGGUACAAUUCAGGAUAUAAGGGUGUUUAAAGAUAAGGGUUAUGCUUUUAUAAAAUUUACUACUAAGGAAGCUGCGGCGCAUGCAAUUGAAUCGACAAAUUACACGGAGAUCAAUGGUUGUAUCGUUAAAUGCUUCUGGGGUAAGGAAAAUGGUGAUCCAAACAGCGUAGGACCUAAUGCCAAUCAACAAGCUCAACAGGUAACGACAGGCGCUGGACAAUAUCCGUACGGCUACGGUCAACAAAUGAGUUACUGGUAUCCUCAAAAUUAUUCACAAAUGCAGGGUCAGUUCUUCCAGCAAGCUAGUUACUACAAUCAAUAUUACAAUCAACAACAAUAUAUGAAUAGCAUGAGAAUGCCAACGCCAGCGGCUGCAGCGGGUACAUGGCAACCUGGACAGCCAGGCGCACCACCGCCAACACCAGCCGCACCACUACAACCUGGACAACAACCGGCAAUGGUGACAUACACCAUGCCACAAUAUCCAACGCAAUGAAAUCGAUCAUCAUCAAUAUCAUCAAUUAUUAUUAUUAUUAUUAUCAUCAUUAAUCGAACGAUGCCAACUGAUGAAACUAAAAAUAAACGGAAUAAUCAAUCGGGAGAGAAAGGGAAAAAAGAAAAAAGAGAACAACAACAUCAACAACAACAACAACAACAAGAAGAAGAAGGGGCGAGGGUAGGGGGCCUAUUUCCACUAUAUACCGAUUUUUCUUUUGUGUGCAAAGUCCUUUUUUUCCGACAAAAAAAACUUCAAUUUCGUUCAUUUUUCAUUUUUCUCUAUUUUCGUUGUGUUGUUUUUUAAUUCAGUUUCUUUUUUAAAAAUAAUUUGUUCAUAAAACUGAUUUAGUGAAAGGAAAUGUAAAAAAAGGGGAGGGGGGUGGUGGUUAGAAACUCGGUAUAUAUAAUCGAAAAAAAAAUUGGGCGUAAUUUUUUUGAAAAGAGCCCUGCAUUCGUCGUGCGGGCAUUUUUUUUUAGUUUUGUUGCUAUCUAUUUUUUUUGAAGCCCCUUUUUUUCUCUCUUCGUUUCCCACUCUUUUUUUUUUAAAUCCAUUUUGAAAAAAGAAAUGUUUUUUCUGUGGUUUAAAAAGAUUUUUUUUGUUUCUUUGAAAAUAAAAUGAAAAAAAAAGUUCAUUUCAUGAUCGAUUUUUACCGGAUGAUGAAAUGUGAGUUUUAGUGUAAGAUAGACAAAAAAAAUGAAGUUAGCUAGACACAGCGCCUGUGAUGUAGCUAGUUUUGAAUGCACACCGAUUUAAAUGGGGAAAAAAAAAGAAAAAAAAAACGUAUGCAGGGCCCUCAUUACGCGUAAAAAUACUCUCGCGUUUUUCUUUUUCUCGGGAAUUUUUUUUCUUUUUUUCUCUUUUUUGGAACUAAUCGAUCUUUAUCGUCGGUGGUUCGAUUUGUUUCGAGGGAAAGAAAAAGUUUCAAUUUUUUUUGAAUUCAAAAUUACGAUAUUUUUCGCGUUUCUUUGUUUCGAUUUGUGUUUUUAAAAAAGAAAUUAAACUAUAACGUACUUUUUAAACAGAUUUUUGUUUUUAUUGUUCUAAAAAGAAAAAAAAUUGUUUUGACCUCGGUUUUUGACAUUUAUAUUGAAUUUUCAAUAUAUAUUCAUUUCUUUUUGUGUAAUUUUUGAGAAAGAAAUAUUUUUGUCUCCCCCAACCCUUGUGAUUGGGAGAUGGAUUCGAAAAAAACGACGAAAUAACAAAGAGCAUAUUAAAAAUUCGAAACGAAAAAUAGGGCAAAAAAGAAAUUUAUUGAUCGAAAAAUGUUGAUCAUUUUUGAUUAAUAAAUUGUUUUGAAAAGUAAAAUGAAAAAUCAGUGGAUUUAAAAAUAAACAAGUGAUCAAUAAUGAGAAUAAUAAUUUAAAAGAAACUAUUUCAAUAAAAAUACUAUUUAAAAAAAAACAAAAACCAAGUUCGAAUUACGAGAUUUUAUAUCUUUUGGAAGAAAAGAAGAAAACCUCCCCUUUUGACAACUUCUUUUUUAAAUGUUGAAAAGGAUUUAAAUUUGGAAUUUUUGCGAAAAAAGAAUUUAAAUCUGUUUCAAUUUUUUCUUUCAAAGUCCCUUCGAGGAAAAAAAUUUUUUUUUUUUGCGAAGAAGGUGAAAUUUAAAAGAAAGGACAAUUUUUUGUAGGCGACAAUUAUUCAAAUUUUGAAGUGGGGAUUAAAUGGUAAUUAAAAUAAUUUAGAAAAAUUAAUCGAAAGAAGCCUUAAUCAAUUUUUGCUAAAAAAAAACGCUCUUUAUAGAAUUUUUGAUACGAUAAAAAGGAGAAGAAAAAAAAUAAUAAAAUCGUGUCUUUGAAUUUUUUUAUUUGUCUAAUUCGCACGCGUGUUGUAAAAGCAAAUUUGUUUCUGCUUCAAUUCUUUUUUUUUAUUAUUCAUUCUAAAUGAGAACUCUUUGUUGAUGAAUCAUUCCAAAAGCAUUUUUCCUGAAUUUAUUAACUUGAAUUGUAAAUAUAAUAGAAAGGGAAAAUAGCAAAGGGUCACUUUAUAUUAAGAGAACAAGAGAGUGAGAAAGAGUGCGCGCGAGAGAGAGAAGAGUGAAAGAGAGCGAGAGAGAGAGAGUUAAAAAAAUAGAUAAAAAAAAUAGCAGUAAAAAUAAACAAUUUUAGUUAGUUUAUUGGUGAAAGUUGUUGGACAAAAAAAAAAGAGGAAGAAAUAAUUUUUUGCGUUUACGACCUACCGACGAUAAAAAAAAAUGAUUUGAGAAAAAAAAAUUUCUUAUAAGAAUUUUUUACAAAUAAAGAAAGAAAAGAAUGAAAAAAAAAAAUUUAGACGUUAUUGAAAUAAUAAUAAUUGAAAGAAAAUAACAACAACAACACGAGUAAAAGAAUUUACGAGCACGAGUGUAAAUCAAGUGUAUGAUUUUAGUGAAAGAAAAGAAAAUAAAACGAAAGUCAACUAAUUAAGAAAACUUGACGAAAAAAUGGAUCAAUAAUCAAUCAAGUGAUGCAAGACGUAAAAGAGUGUUAUAUAAAGGUAAAUUUAGGUACAGAAGGGCGUUAAACCCUCGACAAUGCUUAGGAUAAUGUUAUCUUAUAAUUAAAAAAAAAACAAAUUGUCCUUUGAAUGAAAGAAGGAAUAAAUAUUUAAAAUACA